AUGAUUCUGCAUAAUCGACCGGUUGGAGGAAUGGAAUCGAUUGAAAUGAACGUUUGGGAAUGGUCUGGUGUGAAACCAACAAUCUUCUUAUGCCAUGCCACGUCAUUUCAUGGCCGUUGUUGGGAUCAGAUAGUUCAUGCUUUACCAAAUCAACAUAUCAUUGCCAUAGAUUUUCGAGGACAUGGUUUAUCAACCAAGCAUGCACCUCCAUACUCUUUCCGUUCGUUUGGUGAAGAUUUGGCAGCUCUUGCGGAAAAACUUGAAUUACGAGAAGCUAUUGGUGUUGGUCAUUCUUUAGGCGGCUACGCCGUCGUUUUAGCAGCAGCUCUGCGUCCAACAUCAUUCUCCUCGCUACUGUUGUUAGAUCCUGUUAUUCUUUCUGAAUCGGCAUAUACUUCAAACAUAAACAUGCCUGUUGGUUUUAUACUUAAGCGUCGCCAUAUUUGGUCGUCUGCUAAUGAAAUGAUUGAAAGUUUUCAAAAUCGUAAACCAUUUCGGACGUGGAAUUCAGCCGUUUUACGAGAUUAUUGUAAUUACGGAUUAAUUCCAUCACAAAAUGGUUCUGAUUUAAUUCUUGCUUGUUCUCCCGAAGCGGAAGCGUCAGUUUAUAUUUCAAGCGUUGCACCAGAAUCGAAUAUUUAUCAAGAAAUAUCUCAAAUUGAAAUUCCAGUUCAUAUUGUACGAUCACCGCUGCCAUUGGUGGCCGGUGGUUUUGAAACUUCACCGACAGCACACAACCUAGUUACUUAUUUCAGACAAGGUCAGGAGACAGUGAUAGACGAUAUUUCUCAUUUUAUUCCAAUGGAAAGACCAGAAUUGGUUGUCAAACUAAUCCAGAAUGAGUUAAUGAAAUUUAAAAAUAGAUGA